CCGCACUCCUGCCCCCAACGUAAGCGGAGGCUCGGCGGCAGAAAACACUUCGCCUCGAACCAUGAAUCUCGACAUCCAGUGUCAGCAGCUGAGUGACGCCCGGUGGACGGAGCUCCUGCCUCUGAUCCGGCAGUACGAGGUGGUCAGGCUGGACGACUGUGGCCUCACGGAGGUGCGGUGCAAGGAUAUCAGCUCUGCCCUCCAAGCCAACCCCUCCCUGACUGAGCUGAGCCUUUGCACCAACGAGCUGGGUGAUGCCGGUGUGCACCUGGUGCUCCAGGGCCUGCAGAGCCCCACGUGCAAGAUCCAGAAGCUCAGCCUCCAGAACUGCUGUCUGACCAAGACUGGCUGUGGGGUCCUACCUGAUGUGCUGCGCUCCAUGCCCACCCUGCGGGAGCUGCAGCUCAGUGACAACCCGCUGGAGGAUGCAGGCCUGCAGCUGCUGUGCAAAGGACUCCUGGACCCCCUGUGCCACCUUGAGAAGCUUCGGCUAGAGUAUUGCAACCUGACGGCCGCCAGCUGUGAGGCCCUGGCCUCGGCGCUCAGGGCCAAGCGGCACUUCAGGGAACUUGCGGUGAGCAACAACGAGGUCGGUGAGGCUGGCGUGCGGGUGCUGUGCCGGGGCCUGGUGGACUCUGCCUGCCAGCUGGAGGCGCUCAAGCUAGAGAACUGCGGCCUCACGUCGGCCAGCUGUGAGGACCUGUGUGGUGUCGUGGCCUCCAAGCCCUCGUUGCAGGAGCUGGACCUGGGUGACAACAAGCUGGGCGACCAGGGCAUCGCCACGCUGUGCCCCAGCCUGCUGCACCCCAGCUGCCAGAUCAGGGUCCUGUGGCUCUGGGACUGUGACAUCACCACUGCGGGCUGCAGAGAUCUGUGCCGUGUCCUCGGGGCCAAAGAGAGCCUGAAGGAGAUGAGCCUGGCGGGCAAUGCACUGGGGGAUGAGGGUGCUCGGCUGCUCUGUGACAGCCUGCGGGAGCCUGGCUGCCAGCUGCAGUCCCUGUGGGUGAAGUCCUGCAGUUUUACGGCCGCGAGCUGCCACCACUUCGGCAUGAUGCUGACCCAAAACAAGCACCUUGUGGAGCUUCAGCUGAGUAACAACAAGCUGGGAGACUCUGGCCUCCAGGAGCUCUGCCAGGGCCUGGGCCAGCCCGGCACCACGCUGCAGGUGCUCUGGUGAGCCCUGGGGGACUGUGAUGUGGCCAACGGUGGCUGCGCCAGCCUGGCCUCGCUCCUGCUGGCCAACCGCAGCCUGCGGGAGCUGGACCUCAGCAACAACUGCAUGGACGACCAGGGCAUCCUGCAGCUGAUGGCGAGCGUGGAGCAGCCGGGCUGCACACUGGAGCAGCUGGUCCUCUACGACAUCUACUGGAGCGAGGAGACUGAGAACAGCCUGCGGGCUCUGGAGGGGCGCAAGCCUGGCCUGAGGAUCAUCUCUUGA